ACCUGGUCGGAAAAGAGUCGCCACUCACGGCCCCUGCAAUAUGAGGGACAUAAGAAGAACAAAGGCUUCCUACACAUGCUGCGAAAUUUACGCAGUUCUUGCAGCGAAACUGAUAUCUCAAUGGAGCAUCGAAGAUCUGUGGAUAGCGAAGGGUACGUGGACCCGUUCUACAUUACCAGAAACUUUAGCCGUCUGAACUUGAAACGACUCUCGCUGUCCCAUCCGAAUCUCAACUGUACCGUGAAGGGGAAUACCACGCCACCUAGCGGCAUAAAGGGCAAAGUCUCGGCAGCUGUAGGGCGCCUGGAGAGAGCUCUGACAGGGAAGGUGUACAUCGGUCGGACGUACUCUCUCGAAUCCCAGCAAUCUACCAGCAACGGAUGGAAUAGUGAUCUACCAGGCAGCCCUACAGACUCGGACGCCGUGGGCUAUUCAUACAGCAGAGACAUGGAUGCCGAGAAUGGUUACAUGACUUUUGACCCGGAACUGAACCCUCCUAUAGGACCUCGACGGAUCCUCUCCAGCUCCUGUUCUUCAGCGCCUUCGAGUCCUGGGUUUCAUGAAGGCCCGGUGGCGUGUUUUGAUGACGUUACGAACAGCAAUGCCUGUGAAAACGACAGCAUCUACGAGAGCCUUGAAAACUAUCUACCGAAAACGAAGAGGAACGUGAGAGCCCUCAAGAGCUUGCCAUCCUCAGAUUGUGAGACGCCACCCGAGGUACCUCCAAGGCCUGCAUUACACCGACUGAGAUACAGAGAACGUAUGCUACGGAGAAAGAUUCCUUUACCGCCCAUCCCAAUAGCAAACAGUUCCAGCAACUUCGACAACAGUCUUGCCUUAUCUGAUAUCACCUGUGCCAGUUCAGCGGGGAACUUAAACAGCGCACUUCAUUUAUACAAGACAACUUGCCGUCGGAACAAUUUUAUCUUUGGGCACAGUUCCUCUUGCGGCACCCUCCCGUCUUUCCAAAGGGAUUCCUCGGAAGAAGACUCUGUGUUUGAAGGACAGUUGGAACAAAGUCAGACACAGACGGAACAUACAAAUCGGAACACGGGAAUGUUUAAGGCGGGAACAGCUAGAGGUAUGAAUGAUGGAAAUGGUAAUCAUCAUGAAAACUGCAAUGAACAACAUGGCGCAUCCUCGAACAUUAGCAAUGGUAUUUAA